GGAAGUGAGAGAGCGAAACGUUUGUGUUUACAGAAGGUGCUGAAAUGGAUCAGAGGAACACCCAGCAGGACUUCCAGGACCAGUUCAAUGAUGUGGUCUCCAGACUGCAGUCCAAGCAGUUAUUCCAGUCCGACUGGGACAUCGCUGCUUUUGUGCUCUUCUUUGCAUUCUUUGGUAUGGUUCUUGUGCUUGUCAUCCUGGUCCUCAUCCGCUGCUGCUGUUGCUGCUGCUGCGAUGAUGAACAGUGGCAGCCCUGUGAGAUAUGA